UUUUUAGGGGGACUACCCCCGACCCCGUGACUAGGUCUCUUUAGGAUACAAAGCAGGAAAAAAAAAUCCCAGGACUGAGUCCUAGAGGUCCAGCACUGGUUCCUCGUGAUUCUUACUUGACGUCACAGUUUCGGGCCGAACGUGGAGUGAGACAGCUACCUGUCGGAGAAGUUCUGCUUCUUCCCUAAUUCAGGAGAAGCCCUUGACCUAUUGUCCAUCAUGGACCACGCCAGUACCUGCUCUAGCUUUCAGUCGGACUUGGAUUUCUGUCCGGAUUGCGGCUCGGUCCUGCCUCUGCCCGGGGCUCAGGAUGAGGUCACCUGUAUUCGCUGUGGCUUUUCCAUCAAUGUGCGGGACUUUGAAGGGAAAAUCGUGAAGACCUCAGUUGUAUUUAACAAACUGGGGACAGCCUUGCCUAUGUCGGUGGAGGAAGGACCUGAGAUCCAGGGACCUGUGGUUGACAGGCGCUGCUCUCAGUGUGGUCAUGAGGGAAUGGCAUACCACACCAGACAGAUGCGCUCAGCUGAUGAAGGACAGACUGUCUUCUACACAUGUACCAACUGCAAGUUUCAGGAAAAGGAAGAUUCUUGAUCUUUUUUUCUGGGCAACUCUACAGUACAUCCUCUUCUUCCUUGGAAGGUGAAGGAUAUUGGUUCUUGUCUAUCUCCUCUGCAGUGUUUUGCUCCCAGAGAAUAAUCAGAUCUUACAUGGGGACUACCAUUGGUCUCCCACCUACUACUAUCCCAGUUGAAUUUAUUAAAGUUACAUUUUUCUAUAAAACCUGAA